CCCCGAACUAUUAAAACCCCUGUACUCUGUCUGAAGGCAUCAUGUACGGCCCUCCAAAACUUUAAUAUGGACAGUGCAGAAGAAGUGGGCUGCUGAGGACAUUACAGCUAGUUUGAGCUGCUUCACCAAAUCCACAAUAGAUAAUGUACUGAUCGUGGAAGCUUUGUAUCAGUGUCCCAGGUGUGUGGUGUGUGGUGUGUGUGUGUGUGUGUGUGUGAUGCGUGUGAAUUUGCACAGAAAUCUCUCACCAGACAUUUUGCCUUUGUUGGUAUCUCUGCUGAUGGCUACAUUCCUUGAACCUCAAGCCCACUGACUGAAUGGCUGUUCCACAGUGCCCCUCUCUCUCCCAGCCUCUCUCCACCCUCCUCUCCCUGUGUCUCCCUGCCUCUCUUUGGGUGGAUAGUGAGGUCCAUUGUGUUAGUGAGAUGUUUAUUAAUGAGAGAGGUGCACACAGAGAGCAGAGCUGCUGUUGAAGGACUAAUCGCUAAUCUCUUUGUUAAUACGGUCAAUCUGCCUAUGUACUGACAUCAAUUACUAAGAAGCCUCGAGACAGGGACAUGCAAGUUGGUGUUCAGAAAGGACUCAAAGGGAUUUGGGAGUUUGUUCCAGUGUGAAACUUUAAAAAGAAUUUGGAGAUGACUUUUCUGUUUAGGCUUGACUAAGGGAGUGUAUGUUUUGCGUGUGCAUGUGUCUCAAUGUUUAUUGCAGCCAAAGAGUUGUGGAUGCAUGUGAGUUGGUCAACUUUGCAUUUAGCUUAUCUAUCAAGGAAUUGCGAAUUUGACGGCGGUGAGUUUUUUGGAGUAUUGGUUGGCUUACUUUUCAAACUUUUUUUUGUUAAAUUAUAGCCGUAGAAUUAAGGAUUUUCAGCGUGUUGCUUAUAGUUUUGCAUGUUUGUUUUUGGCUUUGGUUAGGAGUUUUUCUGAUCCUGUAAAAGGAGUAGUGUCUGUGUGUGUUGGUGGGCUGUUGCGUGUCUGUUUGCCUGCCAUGCCCUUGCCUGCGCCCGAUGUCCCGGCCUCUCAGAGGCUGGCACUGGAUUGUCGUACCCUACUGGACCAUCGCGUUGGCAAGGGUAAGUGACACAACAACACCUCCUCUGUUCUCCCUCUGGCUCCUUCUCUAUUUCUGAACGGAUCAUUAUUUCACAGAAAAGUUGCUUUCUUCCUCAUGGUUCCAUGAUGUUAUGCAAAAAUAUGUCGAGCCGCAAAAAGGAAAGUAGCGAUUGGGUUUGACUUGCUGUCUUGUAAAAAUUGAUUUCGCAUAUUUCAUAGUUUGUAGAGGGUACUUGAAUAGGCCAACAGAAGAAACACUGGCUGUGAUUGAUACUUGGCACAGGUUGCUGUAAAAGAGUGAUUUUUAAGGAAAUUUUCAGUCUGGGUCUUAAUGUUUACUGAUUGAUAAAAUCUUAAAUGCUCUCCGUUGGGUAAGAGAUGCUUAGUGAUCCACUGGGAAUAUUGCUGAUCAGCAACCGGAAUAUCUGGCAUGCGAGAACGAAGCAACACAAAGCUUGAUUGAAAAGGAUUAGGAUUAAUAUUCAAGCAAUGCAAUAUCUUACAAGAUCCUUGUAAAAACAGGAAAUUCACAUACAGUGUAGAGAUGAAUAAACCUGCUCUAAGCAGCGGAUGAUGGUAUCAUACAGUAAGAGGAUGCAGACUAAUGACGAACCGCUCAACUGAGAGCAAUUCGCCACCAUCUUUAAUUCAAUUAAGCAAUCCUGAUGUGGUCCUCUGUCCGGGUCCUGUGACAGCGGAGAACUUUUGGUGAUUGCAAAAACCCAGCUUUAUGAGGGAACUUCACUUUCUCACACCAUACGAGCCAGUUCUAUCUUAGAUUGUUUCCAAAUCAUCUUUUUAAAUGACGAGUCUUAAAAAAAAUUCAUGCAAUGUUUUCUAUAAACUGAUGUCUGGAAUAAUGGAAAAAAGGUGAAUGAAAAAAAGCUAAGUCGGCAUAGAUUUUAUUUCAAGCUCUCAUCCAUGCAAUUACAAUGACGCUGCAGUAUCAUCGGGUUUGUGUUAGUAGUAGUGGAUGAUAUUUAACAGUUUUACAUGAAAAAUAAGCAGUAAACGCGGUUAUAUAAUCACUCAGACAUUUUGGUAUUCGGCUAGACAAUGGAAGGAAACGUGACAGAAAGUUGCAUCAGCAGAGAAGGAAAAACUGAAAGUAAAUAAAGCAGGAGGCAUGAUGAUGAGGAGGGAAAAGAGUGACGCUGCCACAGCGUGGAUAGAGGAGGAGAAGGAGACUGCGUGGGUGGCAGGUCUUCUCCCUGUCGAUCCCUGUAGUGCAUAUUUCUGUCAUAUUCUCACCCCACCCGCCCCCAUUUCUCCCGUUUCUUUCGCUGCGACUGAGAAAAUGGUUAGAAGCGAGGUGGGUUUGUGUGCGUGCGUGUGCGCCAGCAUGUGAAAUCUGCCCCCCCCCUUCAGAAGGAGCGCUGUUGCAGAAGACAAACGGGAAAAUCCAAGGUCAUCACGGCACGCUUCUCUCUGACGUUGCCUUUCAGCCCCCUGCCUGCCUGCCUGCCUGCACGCACGGCGGGGAGAGUGUGUGUAAUUCAGUGCAUCGAGCCAGGCUCUGCACCAAUCACGGUGCGCAUUUUAGCUCCAAGCGCACACGUGCAGGCGUUUAUACCAGAGUGAGCGGUCGGUGUGUGUGUGUGUGUGUGUUUUCAGUGCCUCUUGGCACAGUAGUGUCUCUGUAUGACUGGAGCUGCAUUGAGAAAACACAAGCGUCUGUAGUGAGGGACUCUCAACAUCACGAUCGAUGUACGGUAAGAAUUACAACCGCUCUUCUACUUUGUGUUUGUGAGCGUGUGUGUGUGUGUGUGUGUGUGUGUGUGUGUGUGUAAUGUGAAGCAGCCAGCGUUAAGCCAGUUUUCCUACAUUCUACAAACGCGUUUCCUCAUAGCUGAUGGACCGCAGAUGUCACCACAGUGUAACGUCUCCUGAAGGCGCAUUAUGGGAACCUGGACUCUUGUGAAGAUACCGCUCUAUUAAAUUAGGAGACGCCGCUUUUGAAGAUGUUUAUAUUUGGGGUUUGUGGUUGUUGCGGGGCGCUCAGGCCUCGGUACAAGAGACUGGUGGACAACAUCUUCCCAGAAGACCCGGAGGAUGGGCUGGUGAAGGCCAACAUGGAGAAGCUGACAUUCUACGCCCUGUCGGCUCCAGAGAAGCUUGACCGUAUCGGAGCCUACCUGUCUGAGAGAUUGUCGAGGGAUGUGGCCCGACACAGAUACGGGUAUGUGUGCAUAGCCAUGGAAGCCCUGGACCAGCUGCUGAUGGCCUGCCACUGUCAGAGCAUCAACCUGUUCGUGGAGAGUUUCCUCAAGAUGGUGCGCAAGCUGCUGGAGUCGGACAAACCCAGCCUGCAGAUCCUCGGAACCAACUCUUUUGUGAAGUUUGCCAACAUAGAAGAGGAUACGCCGUCAUACCACCGCAGUUAUGACUUCUUUGUGUCCCGCUUCAGUGAGAUGUGCCACUCUAGCUACGAGGACCCUGACAUCCGCACUAAGAUCCGCAUGGCAGGUAUCAAGGGCCUGCAGGGUGUGGUGAGGAAGACGGUGAACGACGAGCUGCAGGCCAACAUCUGGGACCCUCAGCACAUGGACAAGAUCGUCCCCUCUUUGCUUUUCAACCUGCAGAGCGGAGUGCGCACGGAGAGCCGCUCCCCCUCUCCGCUGCAGGCGUCGGAGAAGGAGAAGGAGAGUCCGGUGGAGCUGACGGAGCGCUGCUUCAGGGAGCUGCUGGGACGAGCCGCCUACGGCAACAUCAAGAAUGCCGUCACGCCGGUGUUGAUGCACUUGGAUAACCACUCUCUAUGGGAGGGAAAGACCUUUGCAGUGCGUUGCUUUAAAAUUAUCAUGUACUCCAUCCAGUCCCAGCACUCUCACUUGGUAAUCCAGCAGCUCCUCGGUCACCUGGACGCUAACAGCAAGAAUUCAGCCACAGUGCGAGCUGGGAUAGUGGAGGUUUUGCUGGAGGCAGCCGCCAUUGCAGCCAGCGGCUCUGUAGGCCCCACCGUGUUGGAGGUGUUUAACACACUGCUGCGGCAGCUCCGCCUGAGUGUGGACUACGAGUUGACCGGCUCCUAUGACGGCAGCACCAACAUCGGCACAAAGAUCAUCAAAGCUCACGAGGAGAGGCAGCUGCAGGAGGCUGUCAUCAGGACCAUUGGUUCAUUUGCCAACACUCUACCGACAUACCAGAGGUCAGAGGUCAUGCUCUUCAUCAUGGGCAAGAUCCCUGUCCCUGGGAUUCACCCAGCUCUGCCCUCCUCAGGCUCUGGACCUGAGGGUACCAGGAUGAUUCAGGUCAUGUUACUGAAGUCCUUGGUCCAGGUGACGGCCGGUUUCCAGAACACCAACAUGCUGACGGCACUCCCCACCUCUUUCCUGGAGCCGCUGCUUUCCUUCUCUCUGACAGAGGAUCCAGAGAUUCGGCUGCUGGUGCUCCAGAUCCUUCUCAGUCUCAUCGACAGGCACGACAACACGCCCAAGUUCUCCGACAUAAGCAUCAUCUCCGACAUCUCUGUGCUCAAACUGAAAGUGGACAAAUGUUCCAGACAGGACAACUUAUUCAUGAAAAAGCACGGCCAGCAGCUGUAUCGACACAUCUACUUGGGCUGUAAGGAGCAGAGCAGCGGCCGGCAGCACUACGAGUCGCUCUUCGCUCUGUUGGGUCUUCUCAGCGUGGAGCUGGCUAACGAAGAGGUGGUGGUGGACCUCAUUCGCCUGGCGCUUGCUUUGCAGGACCUGGCUCUGUCCACCGACGAGGCUAUGCCCGUUUUCAACCGCUGUGCUGUUCAUGCCCUCGCUGCCGCCUACCUCAACCUCAUCUGCCAGCUCACCACCGUCCCAGCCUUCUGCCAGCACAUACACGAGGUAAUUGAGGUGAGACAGAAAGAAAGUCCCUACCUGUUGCCUGAGGACGUCUUCAUUGAUAAUCCCAAGCUGCUUUCUUCACUGGAGAAGGUAGAAGGAGAUGUUUUGUUCCUCCAGUCGAAGAUCACCGAGGUCCUCGGAGGAAGUGGUUAUAACACCGAUAGACUGGCUACGCCUUAUGUCCCUCAGUAUACUGAUGAGGACCGUCUGUCCAAGAGAAAGAGCAUCGGGGAGACCAUCUCACUGCAGGUGGAGGUGGAGUCCAGGAACAGUCCGGAGAAAGAGGAGAGGACACCAGCAGAGGAGAUCACUUUUGAAACCCUGAAAAAUGCCAUUGUGGACAGUGUGGGCAUGGAGGAGCAGGAGAGGGAGCGGAGGAGACAAGUGGUGGAGAAGUUUCAGAAGGCCCCCUUCGAGGAGAUAGCUGCCCACUGUGGUGCCAGGGCCACACUACUGCAGAGCAAACUAAAUCAGAUCUUUGAGAUUACAAUCAGACCCCCGCCCAGCCCGUCUGGGACCAUUUCGUCAGGUUAUGGCCAAAGCCAGAGUCGAUCUGUGCCCAUCUACGAGAUGAAGUUUCCUGACCUCUGUGUGUACUAGAUCAGGAAAGCAAAGUCACAGAACUGUUUCCCAUUUGAGGGGGUGGGAGGGAUUUGGGAGGGGCAACCGAUCCUCACUGUUAAGCCAUCUUUGAUCAUGGAGUCAAACAACCACAGGGGAGGAGGAGAAAACCCAUAGUUGUUUUGAAGCCAACUCGAGAACAAGCUACUUCUUUAUUAACUUAGUUGUCUGAGAAUAUGUUUCCCUGUGAUGGCAGCCAAAAACAAGCCUGCUAAUGUCAAUACAUGCAGUACUAAAGGCAAACUUGUGUUUUCCCCUCAGCUCUCCUUAGAUGUCUGUAGAAACUCCACUGGUUGGAUUUUCAAUUUAGAGAUUGCAGAGAACUGUGAGGGGAAAAUCUGAGUCACUUCUGUGGCUUGAGAGUGAAUUGACUUGUUGCAUGCCCUGUAACGUCACCUUUUUGAUAGCACUGCAAUUAUUGGACAUUCUUUUGACCCGUUUGUCCCUUACAGGGUGCCAUACUAUCCUUGAUCACAAAAUUAAAUUUAGUGAUACUGAUAUUUUAUACCUUUUUUCUUUUCUUUUCUUUCUAUUGUUUUCAUGGCCAGGAAGAGCUCAUGUGAAUUAGAUGCAUUUUAAUUGACCUGAUCGUAUAUUUCUGUGUAUGUUUGAAUGAAAUAUGGAUAGAUUUACAAAUAUGAAGCUACUCCUUCCCAUCGCCCAUGUUACUCAGCUCUGAACAUCUGUCUUCAGUGUUCAAUGCUUUAUUUUUUUUUUUUUUUUGUUCAGCCAAAAGUGCUUUUUCUUUCAUGACGGGCAUUUAUUUCCUGCACCUAGUUUUUGUUUUUCUUCUUCUUCUUUUUAUUUAUCCUAGCCGUGGUUUAAAUGAGAGAAAACUGUCUGUGUGCUAUCCUCCCAAAGUGAGUGUGCCUUACAGGUGACUCAAGUUAAAAACAUACACAAAAACACACACUGCGCCACAGUCAUGACCACACUAAACUUCUCAAGUGUUUACUGUGAUGUUUACCUGAUCAAACAUUAGAUUAUUAUGAAUCCUUUAUUUUUCUCCUUUCCAUAUAAAUGUGUAUAUACAGAGAAAUAUAUAAAUCUUUAAGCUGAUGUACAGAGUAGGGAGAUUUUUUCCGUGUGUGUGUAUAUAUAUACUGUAUAUUGAUUCUAAUUGUAGACUGCCACUGCACUAAUUGUGUCCAUAAGUAAGGAAGAGAGCUACUUAGUUAGUGUUCAGAUACGUUUGUUAAAUUCUCACAUAGAUAACCAGCAACACAUGAAAUCAAAGAGGUGAAACAGCCCACAGUAGAAAUCUACAUCAUCUCCAAAUCAGUAGAACGCACGAGUGAAGUCUGAAAGUGUUCCGCUAACGAAUCAAUGAACCGGAAAUAAUCAACUUCAUUAAUGGCCACCAAUGUCGGGGACCAGUUUUAGCAGCAGCAGCAGCAUCAUGAACUGUAUUGUUGCCGUUACAUUCUCAAUCCUGCUGGAAUACGUUUGCACUCUGUUUUUACGCCAUAACAGCUGCUGCAGCCUCCAAGCAGCGCAACCCGUCUCAUUCAGCAAGAUUUAAACAAGUCUAAAAGCCAUUUCGUGUGCAUGUGUGCACAUACACACAGGUAUAAAAAAAAAAAAAAAACACAAGGUAUAAUGGCAAUAAUGUGCCACUAGCCUGGCUAACACAGCUCAACCUUUUGGUAGCAGAUCCUUUUUUGUGUUUUUAAAUCGUGCACUCUUGUUGCUGUGCUGUGGUGGUCAGUUUUGUGAUGUCGUGAAGAGACCGACCCUCCCGCUCCUGCGCUUCUGUGAAUUCGCGGCGACGUGAAACGCGUUGCAGCCACCCUUGUUCAAUGUAGACGGCAGUGUCUAGUUUGUCCCUGAUUGUCAUGUGUCACAGUCCAGUUGGUUGUUCAUUUUAUUAUUAUUUAUUUUACAGUGUAGUGUUGUCUGUUAGUUUAUUCACGUCCACACAUGCCAGUGUAUCAGAUCAGUUCACAAUUGUGUGUAUGUGUAUUUGUUCAUGCGUCUAUAUGAACGUUCAUGCAGACGUGUGUCUUUAUCGUCGUUACCCAAGACCAAACUUUUCAAACGCGGUUUACAGUCUUCGUCCAGUGACUCUUUCCACCACGUUAACAAAGAACGAGCUAUCUUAGUGCAAUGUGCAGCUGUCUAAACCUUCCAGUUACACCUUGUAAAAUUGUCUUUUCAGCAUCUUGCAACUUUGCAGGGAAGACCUGUGAAUCGACCAGUGUGCUCGUUGUCACUGCAUAGCGUAAUGUAAUAUUAACUGACGGUAAUUCUAUCUUACUUUUUGUCAUUACAUGUCUGGUUAAUAGAUCUGUUUACAACGUAGUGCUGUAGGUCAAAUCUAUUCAUUCUGUGAACUUUGCACUUUAAAAACUGGAUUACCUAGUGGCAAAGGCAGCUUUUACAUGGACAAAAUGCCUUAUGAGUGUCAUACCUGACUUUGCAUGCUGGUGAUGUUGCCGUGUUGUACAAUAAAUGUGUCUGUAACCAGAAAAUGUCUGAUCUGUUUCUGAUUUGUUUUCUGGUGAAAGGGAAAGCCUGUUAAAGUGGAAUGUGUUUUUCUAAGGUGAUCUGCUUAAGAUACAGGAAGCUGCAGAGUGCCAUCAUGCAGCGUAUGAACAUAACCUUUUGACUGCAAACGCAGAUGUCUUGUUAACAUUGAGUGCUCCGUCAGUUGCAGUGUUCAACACAGUAUUGAGCAAUUGCAAAGUUUCUUUAACUGUGCUUGUAGUGCUUUUCUUUUACUUGCCUGUAAUGGACUGUUUUGUUUCUGUUGCACUACUUGCAUCGGUGCCUGUAUUGUGUGUUUGCCAUUCUCAUGCCUGUCAUCUGCUUGGGUGGUUUAUCAGAAUUAAAUUCAACGUGUAUUUUA